UCUAAGCUGUGUGCAGAUGUUGGCCAGUGGGCGGCUAGCAUAUAGGACAUUAUGUCGCAGCUUUGCCUCGCUUCGAGAAAUGGCAGGACCAAAUGACCCAACUUUAUUAUAUGAGCCAAAAUUUCCGGAUACAAGAGAAUAUCCAGAGUAUGCAACACUUAAUGUCCGGAUACAAGGAUACGAUUUUACACAUAUUGAGAAAUUUCAAGGUUAUGUGGAUAGAAUGGCUCGACGCUUCAAAUUUAACGUUUUGGAGAGUUACGCCGUCGCCGCCCAAACUCAACGAAUUGUUGUGUACAAGCCAAAUAGUACGAUCGUAGAAAAUGAGAUAAAUUUAGCCUUAUAUGAUAGAAGUGUGCUUUUUGGUGACAGCAAACGGUUUGUUUUACCAAACAGUUGUUAUGACAUUAAUUUUAGAGUCGUUCGACUUGGCAACGUACCUGCACCUCAUCUUCAGCUUUUUAUUGCCCUCAUUCAAACCCAUUUACCCGUAGGAGUCACGGUAACGUUCAAAGAGCACGAGAAAGCAGACGAAGACUACCGAUAUAUUCCCGAUAUCCUUUUAAAACAAAAGCAAGAAGAACUUAAAGCUUUGGAUGAUCCAGUGGUUCGGCGAAAUCUUGGAUGGGAGUAGAU